ACAACUCGUCAAAAAAGACCAAAUGAAAUUGACGGAAAAGAAAAUAAUCAAAAUGUAUUUUUGCCUCCCCCUAGUAAAGAACAAAUGGAAAAAGUCAUACAAGAAGAGAAAGUCUGCAUUUUCGAGUUGGACACGCAAGGUGUUGAGCAGAUAAGAAAAACUGGCAUCAACCCUAUUUGUGUGUUUAUUCGUCCUAGGAAUUACGCAAUACUGGAGAAACGCCUUCGUACGUAUUCGGUUGAAUCAGAAGAACAUAUUUUGCAACGACUGGCGAUCGCCCACCACGAGAUGCAAUAUGCUCUGGACGAGGAGGUAUUCGAUAAGGUCGUCACAAAUGAAAACCUUGAAUCCGCAGUUAGAGAAAUUGAGUUCUUUCUUCAACAAGUCAGUUCAACAAUUUAA